AUUCGCAACCCCCACCCCCACACACGGACAUCACUCAUCAACAACACUCAUGGAUGGAUGGAUGCAGGGAAUCAACACACGAAAAACAAGUGCUCACUCAUACGUAGAGUAGCUAGGCAAGGCACACGUGAUGAGCAUGCGAGUCACACGGUGCAUCACACUAGGCACAGUGCACGUCACACUCAGGCAGACACAGAGAAGAAAAAACCUCUGCCUGCCUGUCUGUCUGUCCAUCUCCCUCGCACCCUCCUGCUUCAAGAACACAUCGACAAUGUGCCGAAGGCCCUUAAGCCUACCAUAAUCUUCCUAUCCACCCCGCCGUAACAGCCUGGCGCCCAGCUGAUCCCCAAGCACUCUCAUUACAGCGGUGUGCGUGCAGUGGCGCGGGGCCGACUCGGUUGUAUAGAUACUAACAGAGCAAUCCCACCAAUCCCGCCCACGAUGCAUCUCGAUGACUGCCAUGUGCCCCUCGCCCAUCGCCUCACUCCCAAACACCACCAGCCGAUAAUGCCGUCCGUCCUCCCGCUUUUCGUCGAAUACGGCCGCCCCCGCCCCCCACUGUGCCGCAUCGCUGGGAGAGACCGCCAGCAGCCGACCCACACGCCUACGCCGAGACGCGGCAGACGCAAGAGCACGCCUCUGCCGCCACCCUGGUGACGGGGGAAAGAAGCGGAGGUGCAUGGCGUACCAGGAUUCGAUGCAAUCGAUGUGGUUGCUGCGCGCAAGCCAACGGAACACGACGAAGGCCACCAUGGUUAUGCAGUUGGGGCACGUCCCGUCCAGCUCUGUGGGCGAGUCCGCGGCAUCGAAUGCAUCAUGACGGAAGAGCGGGCUGGCAGAGGUGAGGAGCGCGGAGAGCUGAUAGCAAAACGAGUAGGAAAGGAUUUUAUCGCCGUCCAUCAGGGCCCUUUGUUGGCCUCUCUGAGUGACAGUGAUCCCCCAGAUGAGUAUCUUCCACUGGCGGACCGCCUCCCUCUCACUCAUGAAGGCCGCCCGGCUGCCGAAGACGCCGAAGGUGUCAUCCCCCAGCACCAGCGGCCUCUUGCCUCUCAGCAAAUACAGCAUCUCCAGCACUGGUUUCCAUCUGGCCCAGCUGCCGCCCCUCUCGAGCAUGAACAGCCGGCGGCUGAGCUCUUCUAUGAGGGCCCUGGUCAGGGCCACCGUGACGGCCACCCCCUGAGUGAGCUGUGGGAUGGGCACCUCCACCAACACACCGAGGCCGAGUGACGCCAUAACAAUAGGGAGCAGACGCUGCAGAAUAGGCAGCAGGACGGUGGGCAUGAGGGCGCCAUGGCGGCUCUUGUCGAUGCGGCGGAAGGCACACAAGUCGGCAUAGCUGCUGAGGCAUGCAGCGAUGGCCGGCGUCACCUCAGCAGGGAGGUCAGCGAACGGAACGCCCUCUCGCUGACCGCCACCUUUGACCGUUACACACACACACACACACACACACACACAGUACUACAGGUGUAUCAUUGUGCCUUUCUGCAGCGAACAUGUUGGGUUAGUGGAGCGAGCGGCACGGAGCCUCAGUGGGAGCGCUGGACCGACCGGUGACGAUGCGAACUUCUGGCAGACCUUCCUCCUCCGAUACGGUGCCAAGAGCGGCCGCCUCCGCGCGGCUGUGGCCUCGCUCGUCUCUACCCUGGCCAACACCAU